CAUAGAUGACCAGCAGGGUAAAAUAAUAAUCAUAGUGGUUGUAGAGGGAGCAACAGGUCAGUACCUCAGGAGUAAAUGUCAGUUGGCUUUUCAUAGCCAAUCAUUGAGAGGUCGAGACAGCAGGUGCGGGAGAGAGCGAGAGAGAGUCGAAAACAGUAGGUCAGGGACAACGUAGCACGUCCGGUGAACAGGUCAGAGUUCCAUAGCCGCUGGCAGAACAGUUGAAACUGGAGCAGCAGCACGGCCAGGUGGACUGGGGACAGCCAGGAGUCAUCAGGCCAGGUAGUGUUGAGGCAUGAUCCUAGGCCUCAGGUCCUCCGUGAGGGGAGAGCAAGCGAGAGAGAGAGAGAGUAUUAGAGGGAGCAUACUUAAAUUCACACAGGAUACCGGAGAAUUACACCAGAUAUAACAGACUGACCCUAGCCCCCCAGCACAUAGACUAUUGCAGCAUCAAUGCGUCACUUCAAGUGAAAAUUCAACUUAAGUAGGAUGUAAGAAUUCACCCCUAUCCGCCUCCCCUGUCAGUUCAUUGCCAUUGAGUUACAGUAGAGCUGUUCAUAGCAGUGGAGUACUCCUUUCCCCCACUUGCCACCUCUGGUCUGUUUCCAGACUAAUGCCUUGUUGCCUUCACACGGAGUUAUACAAGGUUCACAGGCGGGAGCGACCACAGAGACCGCAGUAGACGCCUCACACUUUUGUGGUUGAGGAGGAGCCAUGUGAGAUGUUGAGAUUCACUCGUAGUAGUCUAAGAGAUUACAUUGUCUGUCAUAACAGCGUUUUUGUAACCUCAUACCAAAUAAUACAAUAUUUUGUUAAAGAGUAACGAUAAUUGUGGUCUCUAUUCCUCUACAUGGUCAAAUUAGAGAUUUCUGUAUUUGGCUAGAUGUUGCACCACUGAAACCUUAUCAAAGUUAUUUGUCUGUUUGUCUGUGAUUAUUGGGUUGUUGGGUGACAAAUUGCCAUCCCCCUCUUAUUCUGUGCAACAAUUGCAGAGUUCCUUUUUACAUGUGUCAUAACUCAGUGAACAAACUUUAACCAAUCAUUAAAAAUAACUAACUAUAGAAUCUUCAUGCAUGCUACUUACCAGCAAGUUACUAAAAAUAGAAGCCUAAAAUCCGGGAUUUCUAAAUUUUUUUUUUUUUUUUUAAAGCACUGCCUGCCAAAUAGGAGUAAAACAUUAUGGAUUAGACCUAGACUAGGCCUACUUUGCUUCAUGUGUGCUCUAUAAACCAGUUAUUUUGUUCCCAGUGUGAUGGCCCGCGAAAAUUGAACCUUGUGUCCCAAAUGUGUUAUUUUCAAGUGGUUUAUAAAUCCAUCAAAAAAUCUGAAAAACUAUCAAAACCAGGGUCGAGAUGACGCUAAGAAUGUUGCGACAUACAGUAGGAAUGCGGUUGGACAAGAUGCCUAGCGGAACAAGACUACGUAGGGAGGGAAAACCCUAGUUGAUAGACCUGAAAACAUUGUUCUAUGACACGGUUUUAUUCUCAAAGAGAUUGAGGAAAUCAGUCGGAGGAUAUGAGACAAACGAUAACGGCUGAGUGGACUCUGGGCUAGGAUGCGCCAAGGGGGCUGCCUAUCCAAACUGACAAUUACACACCUCUGAGGGAAAUAUAUUGAUUUCCGAAUGGAUUUUGUUCUACAUUGCACGAAAUGGAAAGAAUGUUUUUGAUUUUAAUCAAUAUAGCCUACCACAUUUUGACCUAGGAUAUUUUAAUGCGUGUUAGCCAAAUUGUUUUGUGUUGCGUGCCUCUACUCGUAGACAGCUAGAAAUGUCUUUGUUGGAAUUGAAUAUGCGGUGUGGUGUAAAACAUACGCCUACUGAACAGGGAGAGAAUGAUUCUCAUUUACCGGGAAUGAACACCACACUAAUCCCGUGUCAAAACGGUAGUGGUAUUCGUAGGAUGAAAUACUACGAUAUAACAUGGACAGUGUCAAGACUCCGCGCAGUGUCCGAAUGUCUGAGACAACUUCGGCUGCUUUUUGAGGACUGUUGCGAGCUGGAUGUUCCUAACCAGCUGAAUGUGUCCAUGGGGCUCCAGGCCCUACAGCAGUCUCUCCAGCCCCUGGCGGAAUGCUACCCAUCCACGGGUCGGCCUCCAGUCAGCCACGCCCUCGCCAUGCUGCGUCUCUCCCUCACAGAUGUGAAGGUCCCCAGCAAAUCAGAGACCAAGCGCUACAGUGAGAUCUUCCGGGACUUCGAUAAUUUUGAACUCUCUCUGGUCAACUCCACUGUAGAGGAGAUGUUUCUAGACACUGACUCCCAGUCAAUCGCUGAGACCGUCUCUACGGAAACCACCGACAACACCGAGCUGGAUCACGUGACGUGUGAGGAUGUCUACCCCCCAGAUGGUGAUGACAAAGAUGGAGGUCUAUCAGCCCAGGAAGCAGACCUGGCCCUGUGUCGCUGUGAGGGAGGCGUGGAGCUGGCCCUGCAGUAUGCCAAGAUGUGGUGCCGCUACGCCAAGGACCUACUGGCCUGGAUGGAAAAGAGAAUCAGCCUGGAGCAAGAGUUUGCCAAGAACAUCGUGAAGGCAGCAGAAACAGCUAAGUCCUGUGUGGCUCAGCAGGACAUGAUGCCUCUGCAGUACAUCUACACCAUGGCCCUGGAGCACGACGUGAAGACCAGCCAGUCUACUAAACAGACAUCAGAACUGCUGCAGCAACGCUGCUACCAGGCCCUGGCAUCCAAGAAGAAUGAGAUUGAUAAGUGGCGCAGGGAGUUCAAGGAUCAGUGGUCCAGAGAACAGAGAAGGAUGAAUGAGGCGGUGGCGGCUCUGAAGAAGGCUCGUCAGCAGUACCUGCAGCGCAGCGAGGACCUGGAGAAGACCAAGGCGGUGACGGCCAAGGCCGGGGACGAGCUCACAGCGGGAAACAAGACCCUGGACAAGAGGAGGAAGUCACGCGACGACGCACAUUCAAAGGUGAUAGAGGCAGAGAUGCAGUACAGACAGUGUGUGUGUGAGGCCCAUGACCACCAGGGCAAGCUGGAGAGAUUGAAGGAGAAAAUCAUAGUUCACACCCGCAAACUCAUCUGCCAGGGGGACACUGUGCUCAAGGAGGCCACAGUGAACAUGUUCUACUUCCAGCGUCAGCAGACGGAGCCGGUUCCCCUGGGCUACCACAACCUGGAGUUGACCUGCAGGCCGUGUGAACCCGGGGAGCCCUACCUGCUCUACAUCUUCAGGAAGAGAAGCCAAGAACAGCCCCUACAAACCUUCACCUUCCAGGAGUUUGUCCCUCAGAACAAGAGUGGCCGUCGUAAGACCAGCAACCCCAGCUCUCUGCAGGACUCCUUCUCCCUGCCUGAAGAAAGUCCAGUUAAACGAAAGGGCUACAGUGACAGUGAGAGCAUAGGAGGCAGUCUGGAAUCUCUGUCCAGCCCAGCCCAUGGCAACAGGAUGCUUCUUAAAGCCCCCUCCACAGGGACCAUGUCAUCAGACGACCUGGAUGAGAGGGACAUGGGCACCGUCCUGGAAGGAGAUUGUGUGGACUCCACUCCAGAGGGGAACGGUGCGGUGGGGAAGGUACGGACUACGUCCCGAGCCGCGCUGACGCACCGAUUCCGGAAGAUGAAGAGCAAGAUGGUGAAGUGCAAACAGUGUGACACCUACAUCGUGGUCAACGGCAUCGAGUGUGAGGAGUGUGGCGUGGCGGUCCACAGGAAGUGUCUGGAGGUGUUACAGCAUGAGUGUGAGAACAGGAAGGGCGUUCUGUUUGGCGUGGGUUUCUCCCUGUUGCCCCGGGACCGGCCUGACGAGGUGCCCUAUGUGGUCCAGCGCUGCACGGCCGAGAUAGAGAGCAGGGCCCUCACUCUACAGGGGGUGUAUCGUAUCAGUGGGUCGAAGCCUCGUAUCCAGAAGCUGUGUCAGGUCUUCGAGACCCAGGGGGACCAAGUCGACCUCUCUGACCUUUCACCUCAUGACGUCACCUCGGUCCUCAAACACUUCUUCAAGGAGCUUCCAGAGCCGCUGUUGACCUUUGACCUGUACAAUGACUUCAUCGGGGUGGGCAAGGAGAUCCAGCAUCUCAGUGAGAGGGAGGCGGCAGCAGAGACUCCUGGGAUAGUGAAUGACCUCACAUAUAACUUGAGAGACCUGCUGGAGAGACUGCCCCCAUACCGCUACUACACACUGCAGCAUAUGAUGCGUCACCUUCACAGAGUAUCAGAGAACUACGAGGAGAACAAGAUGUCUCCCAGUAACCUGGGCAUCGUGUUUGGUCCGACCCUGCUGCGCCCGCUGGUGUCUGUAGACGUGUCCAUGGUGGCCCUACUGGAGACCACCUACCAAGCCCUACUGGUGGAGUUUCUCAUCACACACCACCAACACAUCUUUGAUGCUCCACCUCCCGCCCCCACCACCCCCCUCCCUGACACCCCUCCCCGGGCGAUGUGUUCAAGGGGGGGCCAGAAGACUGUUGCUGGGGUUGACCCUGGGUCCCAGGAACCCCCCACUAGAGGAGCCUCGUCCAAAGAACGCCCCCGUUCCCUAGAGACUCGUACAAUCAAGAGAGACUCGAGCGAGGGUUAUAUAUCUGACAAGUCGUCGUCCAAUGAGGCAGUGGACCAGCUCAGCCCUGAAGCCAGUGAGAGAGCAGUCGUGGCUGUGAGGGGGGCAUCAACAGAGGCUGCUGCUCUGGGUGAUCUGGUAGGGGGUCCAGAGCCAGCUGACUCUCCCACCAUGGGGACCCAGCCACGGAGUCACUUCAGCAGGCAGCCUGUCAAGUACCAGCGCCAGCCCACCCCGGGUCUCCGCCGCUCCGCGGGCACUACCAAUGCCGGGCAGCUCGGGGAAGAGGAGGAGGAGGAGGAUGAGGAGGAGGAGGAUGAGGAGGAGAGGAAGAGAAACCAACUAAGGAGCGCAGACAGCAGCCGUAGCCCUUCCCCAGAACCUGAACCUGUUAGCCAGAGAAGGAGAAUCCUUCAAUUGGAGCUUCCCCCCGAGACAACCGCCUACCACCUGCUCAGCCAGGCUGGAGGCCACGCCCCAGAGAGCCAGACGGAAAGAGAGAAGACACGCCCAUAUGAGGUUCCACAGGGCAGGCUGCGGGCAGGGACAGUGGUAGUAGAAACAUCAGUAGCUGAAACAACAGCAGUAGCGUCAGGAGCCAAUCCGACGCCGAGCACCGGUGCUCAGGAGGCGGGGCUUAGGAGUUGGUCUGCCACAUUGUCUCAGCUGAACGUGAAUCAGUCCAAUAACAGGCAGGGGUGGGUAGGUGAGAGGCGGAGACUGAGCGGAGAAGAGGGUCUGAGUGGCCCGGCCCGGAAGAUCCUGUCAGGGCUGAAGCUCAGACGUAGCCACUCAGGACUGCAGCAACACUUUGUCUGAGGAGGAGGAAGGUUGGAACUUUGAACCAUAGAAUUAGAAUCGCAUUCGAGAAUGGACAUUCCCCAUUCAAGUCAACGUUCCGUAGACUGACAGGAUUCUAUUUCUAUGGUUAAACCCAUAGAAGGGAUGAAUUGUAUUGUGUAACGUCAAGUGUUUUUUACAAAUACAGUGAAAAAUGACAUACACUCGAGAAUACUCAUACAGAACAGAACAUACUCAUACAAUACAGAACAUACUAACAUACAGUACCAGUCAAAAGUUUGGACACACCUACUCAUUCAAGGGUUUUUCUUUAUUUGUA